AUGGCACCAAAACCAGUUGCCCAUUCCUAUCUACUCCUUUUAAUCUUGUUUCUUGUCAUCCAACUUUCUGAGCAGUUAGAGUUUUCUCAGUCUCAGACACUUCUCAAAGUUGAACAACUUCUUGGCUAUCCAUCAGCACUAGGAAGCUUCAGCAGCACCACAGAUUUUUGCAACAUUGAACCUACCCAAUAUUUGACACUAGUCUGCUACGAGGACAGCUUGACACAGCUGCAUGUUGUUGGCAACAAUGUGUUUACCUCAUUGCCUCAAAAUUUUUCAUCAGACACUCUAUUUGCCACACUAGGUAGUCUAUCAAGCUUGAAAGUCCUCUCUUUGGUUUCUUUGGGUCUCUGGGGGUCUCUACCUGAAAGCAUUGCUCAGUUAUCUUCAUUGGAAAUACUUAACAUUAGUUCAAAUCACUUCAAUGGAGCUAUUCCAGCUCAACUUUCACUUCUGAGGAACCUACAGUCAGUGGUACUUGAUGAUAACAACUUCAAUGGUCAAAUUCCAAACUGGAUAGGGUCCCUUCAAGGUUUGGCUGUUCUAAGUAUGAAGAACAACUGGCUUAGUGGGAACCUGCCAACUUCAGUGAAUGCUCUUCAUACCUUGAGAGUUUUAGAUCUAUCAAAUAAUCAGUUAUCUGGGGAACUACCACAUCUUCACCAUUUGGAAAACCUUCAAGUACUUCACUUGGAAAACAACACAUUUGGACCUCAUUUUCCUUCUCUCCCCACCAAGUUAGUUUCUCUUGUGCUUAGAAAUAACAGCUUCAGGCUUGGUGUCCCUUCUGAUUUAAGCUCCUUCUAUCAGCUCCAAAAGCUGGACCUCUCAUUGAAUGGUUUUGUGGGGCCAUUUUCACCAUCUUUAUUGUCACUACCUUCCAUCAAUUACCUUGAUAUUUCUUCAAAUAAAUUCACUGGGAUGCUUUACAAUAACUUGUCAUGCAAUGAUGAUCUCCACUUUGUAAAUUUAUCUUCAAAUCUUCUGAAAGGGGAACUUCCCACUUGUUUAGAACCAAAGACCAGGGUUGUUUUGUAUGCCAGAAACUGCUUAUCAAACAAGAACCAAGAUCAGCACCCUUCAGAUUUCUGCAGCAAUGAGGCAUUGGCAGUGAGAAUUAUACCUCAUCAACAGAAGCACAAGAGAACAACUGGUAAAGCAGUGCUUGUGUCUAGUAUGGGAGGUGUUGUUGGUGGAGUGUUGAUUUUGGGAGUGGUUGUUUUGGUUGUUAGCAGAGUUCAUAAGAAAGAAGUUGUGAAGACACCCUCAAGGUCCAUAAUAGAACAUGUAUCAUCAGCAAACACAGCAAAACUACUCACAGAUGCAAGGUAUAUAUCAGAAACAAUGAAGAUGGGAGCCAGCCUUCCUGCUUAUAGGACCUUUGCUUUGGACGAACUUAAGGAAGCUACAAAUAAUUUUGAUGAAUCAUAUUUCAUAAGUGAAGGCCCACAUGGUCAGAUAUAUAAAGGGGUGCUCUCUGAUGGAAUGAAUAUUGCUAUUAGGAGUUUGAAAAUAAGAAAGAGACACAGUCCUCAGUCCUAUAUGCACCAGGUUGAGUUGAUUUCGAAGCUUAGGCAUUCACACUUGGUGAGUGCUCUUGGGCAUUCUUUUGAGUGCAACCAGGAUGAUUCAUGUGUAAACACUAUCCAUCUCAUAUUUGAGUUUGUUCCAAACAGAAGUUUAAGAAGCUAUGUCUCUGGAUCUUCUGGGGAAAAGCUUUCUUGGACUCAGAGAAUAGCAGCUGCAAUUGGAGUGGCGAAAGGCAUUCAAUUUUUGCACACAGGGAUAGUGCCUGGACUAUACCUAAAUAAUUUGAAGAUAACAGAUAUUCUUUUGGAUAGCAAUCAUAAUGUUAAAAUAAGCAGUUAUAAUCUGCCACUCUCUUCUGAAAAUAAAAGAAUGGGUAGCAAUGGAACAUCCCCUGGAUUAAAAGGAAAUGUCCAAGCAAGGAUAAAGGAUGCAGACAAGAAUGAUAUCUAUGAUAUUGGAGUAAUCUUGCUAGAAAUCAUUCUGGGACGACCAAUAAUGUUCCACAAUGAAGUUGGAACAUUAAAGGAUCUUUUACAUGUCAGCAUCAAAACUGAUGAUAUAGCUAGGAGGAGUAUUGUUGAUCCAGUAGUUCAUAAGGAGUGUUCAGAUGAAUCAUUAAUGACAAUGAUGGAUAUAUGUGUAAGGUGUCUCUCUAGUGAACCAAAUGAAAGGCCUUCUGUGGAAGAUAUUCUCUGGAAUUUGCAGUUUGCAGCACAAGUUCAGAAUUCAUGGAGAAGAGACUCAAAUGAUCACAGAGAAUCACCUGCAUCAUCUUCUAAGGAGACAUAAGAUUUAUAUGAAGUUUCCAAAAACUAAUAGGAUGUAUGCUACCAUGUACAAAAGUCAA